GCAAUUUGUCAAUUUGCAUUCGAACUGUAAUAUUCGAAUUCGAAGUCUACUAUUACAAUUUCUAUAAUUUCAGAUGUCUAAUGGAGAAUAUCGACAAGUAUGGCGCAUUGUUUUUAGAAAUUUCAUUAAUUCACUUAGACCAAAACAGGUUACUGGAAACAAUGUUGGUAAAGAUUACAUAGGUAACACUUAUUUUGAAAUACCUGCUAGUCCAAGUGAAGGUAAAAGAAAGCCAUCACGUUGGUAUGAUCCACCUAAAGGUCAGGAUUUCCAAAAUCCAAUACCAGCCGAAUGGGAGUCCUGGUUGAGAAUGAGAAGAAAAGAACCACCAUCAGAAGAGGAAAUAGCAAAAAAUGUUGCUAUAGCCCAAAUAAAGAAGGAGAAUGCUGCUAAAAUUGAAAUGAAGAGGCUUGCAGAGGGCGGAUCUCUCCCGGCAGUUCCAGAGAGAGGGCCUCAGUCGUACCCAACUUAUGAUGAAUAUUCUACUGGAGACUCAGAAGGUGUCCACUCAAACAAAAAAUGAAAUUGUAGUUAUAAAAUAUUAUGGAAAAACUUAUUCAAAUUGCACAAGUAACACUAUUUGUAAUGAUGUUUAAAGCUGUUUGUUUUCAAUACUUGUGUAUGAAAGACUCAUUAAAAUGUAGAAAUUUUGCAACAUGUUAAUUAAUUGCAGUUAAAUUAUGCUAUAAAAAAUAUUACUAACUUAAAUAUUAUGGGUCAUAAAUAUAAUAAGCACAUAGCUGUAACUUAACAUUAAAACAAUAAAAUGCAAGGAACACUUUAUAGUAAUUUCAGACUUGCAAGAUGUUCUUGUAGAUAUUGGUUACUAUGUUAAAUGAUUGUCUGUGAUGUAGUAGUAGUAGUUAGUAAAUUGUUUUGUUAACUUA